CUUCCUACUAGCCACUUACAUCAUCACAACCUUUGCUUCACUUUCUCUCUCCUCAAAAACAGAGGCGUAGCAGUUACACACCAAGUUAUAAAAAUUCCACCCUACAUAUCUUUUUUAUUCAAAAAUUUCAUCUUUCUUCUUCUUUAAACUUUGACUUACACAAAUCCAAUCAACAUCAUAAAUUACCCAUCACCAAUUUUUUCUUUUUAAUUUUUCACUACAUUUUAUGAUAUAUUCUUGUAUAAAUAUAUUUCUUGAUAAACCAAACCUAGCCUAAAUUCUUUCACAGAAUUCUCAUAAAAAUUUGACUUUAAAGUCAGUUUCUUUCUUUUGUUCUUGAAUAUUUAUAAAUUCCCAGAUUAUAACUCUGGUUAAUUACGCUAAAUUCUUCAAUUUUUCCCUUAUUUUGGGUUUUCCAGCAAUCAAACAGGGAAAAAGCGGAUUAUCCGAAAAUGGAAUUGAAGGCUGAAUUUCUUGGAGAAAAUUCAUUGGGCAAUAAAAAAACAGGGGUUUAUGAUGAUCAAAUGAAUGGUUUUAAGUAUGAAAAUGGUGGUGAUAAAUCUGAUUGUUACAUAGUUGACUUAGAGAAUUUCUCCGAUUGUGUAAUUGACAAACAGAACUCAACUAUUACAAAUUCAUCAAGAAUUACUUUGCAAAGAAGCCUUUCUAGAAAAGUUCCUCAGCGUGGCGCCGAGAGGAAGCUUAAUGACAGAGACACCCUUCCUCCUGCCUCAUCCCCUAGAGCUGCUCAAGUAGUAAGCAGUCUAAGCACGCCAGAAAAGUGUCCUUCUCCUACACUACCAAUGGGGUCCCAAGAUCACGCGGCUAACAACCACCAGCAGCAACCGCAGCAUCAGAUCACAAUCAAAACAGGCGGCGUGAACACUAUGGCAGAUGGUAGAAUGGGAAAGAGAUCGAGUUUCAAACGAUCUUCAUACAGUUGGUAUUCUGACCCUAAAAGAAUCCUCCUCCUGUUUGCCACUCUAUCGAGUAUGGGAACGAUGUUGCUCAUUUACUUCACGCUGUCUACGAGUAAGGCUGAUGGUGUAGAGGGUGUCUUAGAUUGGCAGUAAUGAUUCAACACCAACACAAUUGAGAAUUGUACAGAGUAUUUUGUCAGAAUUCGAAACAGUAUGGAAAAGUUUCGUCUUUUUUCGUUAAGUUGUGGCGUAGAUUUGAGCUACACAGAUGGAAUGUUGGGGGCUGCAUGAGUUAUACAGCAAAGAAUAGCACUAUGAAAGAUUCAUACUUCAAAAUAUGUUAUAGAAUGUUCAGAAAGCUUUAAUAACUUUAGCUUUUUGCUGAUCUUAGCAGCCCCAUUAAUCUUCCUUUUAACUUUAAUUUUUUUGUACUUUUGAUAGUUAAAAAACCGCACCAAAUUAGCUUUUUGUUAUGUGUGGGUUUCAUGUGAAGAAGUGAAGGAAUAAUUUUGUGUUGUUUAGCUCUUGCAACAAGAAAUUCCCCCUAUUGUACUCGUGCGCUUGGAUGCA